UCGACUGUGACAUCAGCUCACUUUUCCUACUUCAGUUGGUCAUAUAUUGGUCCCUAGCCAGUGAUCUCCAUUUUUCCCAGUAGCUGGGUUUUCAGAAAUAAAACAGAGAACUUAAUACACUUAGUAUCAAGUCACUGCAGAUUCCCCGCCUUGAACUCCGGGUCCCAGACACCUGGUAUCGGUACCAGACUUCACUGUCACCUGCUGUCUUUUGCUUCUAAGAUCAGCCAGCUGGGUUUCGCCUGGAAGAUGAAAAGUUGGAAACUUUUGGCACUGUUAACGGUCGUGUUUGCUUCAGUUCUUUGCUAUGAAGAGACUUCGCCGCCACAAGAGAAAGCAUUAGACUGGCCAGUCAACUGGAAGAACGUGCCCUCCCAGAAUGUGAUUAGUGAGGUGGCAGAGAUGGUAAAGCGGGCAAAACAUAUGCAGUUUUAUGGACUCAUGGGAAAGCGAAAUUCAGGAAACAAAAUACAAAAGAUCAACCCAGUGUCUCAGAAAAGAUACAAAGGAGAUAUGUUUUUUGGACUCAUGGGCCGGAGGUCAUCAAGCGGAGAGCUUCCAGAGGAUUAUGAGAAAUCUACCUUUUAUGUAAGAAGACGCAAGUGAAACACUGAAAAUGAGACACCUCCAUCAAAAGGGUCCUAGAUGUGACCAAAAGGGCUGCCAGCUUUUUCUUUGUGCAUAUAGAACGACAAUGAAAAAAGCUGACAUUCACAGUACAACAGUGUUUUUCUUAACUCUUCAUUGCGAACAUUAUUCCUAAUUUUCAACAGGCUUCUGUAAUAUAGUGAUUGUUGUUUCCACUGUUUGCAAAUAUUUUUCUUUGUUCUAUUGGGUUAGGCUUGCAAGAGCAUUCCAGAAGUGACAUUUAUUUUCCAGAAGCUCCAUGAGUUCUAGCAGAACAAAUUACAUACAGCUGACUGUUUCGAGUUUGCUUUUUCAUGUGCCAUUGCUUUUGUCCAUUAGCUCACUAGUGUUAAGUCUCCAGGCUGGAAACAUGCCACCAGUGGAAAACAUGUGUUUAUACACCAAGAUUCAAGGGGAAAAAGAACACAACUUUCUCUACCACGAGAAUAUUUUUUAUUAUGUAAAUAAAUGGUAAACGUAUUUAUGUAAUAACUGAAAAGCUCACUACAAAUGUUAUUUCUGAUUAAAAAGGGCACCUAAAGCAUAGGUGCUUACUUUUUGUGAUUAA